UUUUACUGCUUUGUCCUUUUUCUUCACCUGGUGAUGGCGGAAUCCCUCCUCCCAAGCCAGUUUUGGGGAAGUUCAAAACAUCAGAUCACCAUCAUCAUCAUAUUUUCUUCUUCGUAAUCAUUCCAGGGAAGCAUCACAAAUAUCUAUGAAUCAACCAAUAUGAGAAAAAGAUGGGGGGAUCCAUUUAACACUGCAUCUAUCACAAAUAAAUCAAUCUCAGGGAAGCAUUUUCCAUGUUUCGAGAUAUUUGAGAUCGGGGCAAAUCCUUCGGUUUCCGUUGAAGAGUUUCCUCAACCAUCAGAGACAGUUAUUAUGGAAUAUCCAGAACAACCAGGGCUUUCCAUAAAACGACCAGUAAUUACACCUAAGGCUGUGAUUCAUCAGAAAUUUGGUAGUUCUGCAAAUUAUAGGAUUGAGGAAGUAAAGGAAGAUGUUGAGAAUGGUUGCCCUGGAUUGACCAUUCCACAGCAGGCAAAGAUUUUAUAUCGGUGUCAUCUGGAUCUACCAGGUCUCUCUGUUACUUCUGAACCAUUCAGUAGAAAGAAAGAUGCUGAGCAGUCUGCUGCAAGAAUUGCUGUUGAAAAACAGCUGCAUAUUCAGCCUUCAACAAGUGAUUCCACUCCAGAGGAAGCAUCAAAAGAAUUAGUUGAACGUAUCUCUGGCUUUUUCACUGAUGGGUUCCUUUCAUCAUCUCAUCCAUUAAUUGGGCAUUUUGGUGUCGCACUUAAAGCAAAUAGAGAACAUUUUGGUAUGAUUCCCAUAUCUGCCAUUGCCUCAUGUGAUGUGAAGGUUAAUAACCUUUGCAAAAUCAUUAUCUGUAAAGCAGAAUCAGAUCCUCUUUUGGUUUCAUCACUUAUUUUCAAUGCUGCCAGAAAAUCAUCUGAAUUGUGUACUGCUGAUGAUGGACUAUGGAUUUGGAAGAAAGUUCCAUAUUCUCCUGAGACUAUAGCAUCUGUAAAUAGUUGUGAUUCAGAUUCUCUUGGGUUUACAAAAAUACAAUCACUACAUAUUCCCUGCUCCAUCGAGGAAAAUGUUGAACCACUUACUCUUGAUGUCUCUGAUGAUAAUUACUACCUUGAUUUAAUUGCUCAGAAGUUGAAUGUUAGGGAUUCUUCUCAAAUUCUUGUCUCAAGGACAGUUGGCAAGGCUUCUUCUGAGCUGAAGUUAUACUUCCCUUUGCCACACGUUCCUUACUGUGAGGCCUCAUCAUAUCUAUAUAGACGCACAAGAGGAAAUGUUGAGUUGAUGCUAAAUCAAAGGGCUUCAUAUCUCUCAGGGCAAUAUAUUUAUGGAAAUGCCAUCUUAGCUAAUAUUGGAUACUCAUGGAAGACCACCAGUCUAUACCAUGAAAAUGUCUCUAUCUGUUCUUAUUAUAGAAUGCUUCUUGCUAAGGUCCCUGAUGGGUAUUACAAGUUAUCCAGAGAGGCAAUUCUUGUAUCUGAGUUACCCACUGAAUACACUGGGCGUUCAAAUUGGAGGGGUCCUACCCCAAAAGAUCUUCUCAGUGCAUUUUGUCAUCAACAUAGGUUACUGGAGCCUGUUUUCUCUGUUACAAGUAAUGACACAGAAUCUUCUGUAUCACAUACUCUAGUGACAUCUAGUCCACUGAGCUCAACUGAAGUAAUUGAUAAAAUAGGAGGAGAUCGACUUGAUGUUGGCCACAGGAACCUGGAUAAUUCUGAUAUUUUCAGAUGCAAAGUAAAGAUCCUGUCGAGAAAAAUGCAAUUAAUACUUGAGGGUUCUUUUGCUGAUACUAACAGGAAAGAAUCUGAUGUCAUUCACUCUUCUGCACUAAGAGUUCUUCUUUGGUUUGAUAAGUAUUUUAAACAAUUAGAUAUUCCUGUUGAGACAUUAUCCUCUUUUGGAUCUGCUCAUGGUAUUACUGUGAGUGUGGAAAAUGUCCGCAAGGAAUUUUCUUUGUAUCUAUCUACCUUAGGACUGAAGCAGAAUUACUGCCUUGAAAAUAGUUCACUGGAGUCAUUCUGCAAGAAUCAUCCUGACAGAAAACUGGAGAAUGGAAUGGUUAUGUUAAGUAUUGAUGGUCUAGAGUCUGGUAUAUUCCCAUUACAUGGAUCUUUGAUUUGUAUUGGUUGUGCCGUUGCACUGGUGAAGAUAGGAGAUCCUGAAAAAUAUUAUUUAGAAAGUAAAGAUGAGUUUGAGUUUGAGGUAGGGACUGGUGCUGUAAUUUACCAGAUUGAAGCAUGUGUUACUCAGUUGUCUGUCAACCAAACUGCACAAUUUGUUACAGACAUUCCUUCUAGAGAUGUUAUAUUGGUUGCAGCAGGCGAGACUGCUAAACAUCUAUUAGAAAUGCCUCUUCACAACUGCUUGUUGGAGUACACGCUGAAGGUUUUACGGGUAGCUGAACCAUUGGAAGACAGAAUGGAACAAGCGUUUUUCAAUCCUUCUCUUUCGAAGCAGCGGGUUAUGUUUGCAGUUAAGCACAUUAACGAGUCGAGUGCUGCCACUUUGGUGGAUUUUGGAUGCGGAUCUGGUAGCCUUCUUGAUUCUUUGUUGGAUCAUGCAACGUCUUUAGAGAAGAUUGUUGGCGUGGAUAUCUCUCGAAAGGGCCUAACACGCGCUGCAAAGAUUAUUCACCAAAAGCUAAGUCAAAUUUCAGGCAUGUCAAGCAUCAAACAUGCUGUUCUUUAUUAUGGAUCAAUCACAGUUCCCGACUCCCAUGUUUUUGGAUUUGAUAUUGGCACUUGCUUAGAGGUAAUUGAGCAUAUGGAUGAAGAUCAAGCAUCUCUGUUUGGCAAUAUCGCAUUAGGCACUUUCUGUCCUAGAAUACUGAUCGUUUCGACACCCAACUACGAAUACAAUCCCAUUCUGCAGAGGUCAGCUGCACCAACUAUGGAAGAGAAAACAACACCAUGCAAGUUCCGCAACCACGACCACAGGUUCGAGUGGACGAGGGAGCAGUUCGAGCACUGGGCCAUUGACCUUUCGGCCAGGCAUAACUACCAUGUUGAAUUCAGUGGGGUGGGUGGAUUAGCCGACGUGGAGCCUGGUUUUGCUUCCCAAAUUGCUGUUUUCAGAAGAAACUCAAACUUAUGUCUUCCAGCAGAAGAGAAGCCAAAGAUGGAGGAGGAUUUACCCCGACCUUACGAACUCAUAUGGGAAUGGUCCAACUCUUAGAUAUCCAAAUCCUCAUUCGAAGGCUUUGCUGAGUGCAUACGAUUUUAGUCGAGGCUUGCUAUAGCACUUAAGUCGGAAAGUCACAAACCACUCCGGUAGAGGUAGAUUGUUAAUAGAACUCCCGAUAUGAGCAUGGAAUGGAGUUUUUUUUUUGUAAUCUCCAUGGCCUUGUGGUUUAAUGAUCAUCUACCUCAGUGGGCAAUGAGGUAUCUCUGCUGUCAAAUUGUUAACCACUUUACCAAUUUUGUCUCUCGUUUAGUACCUAGAAGAAUAUGUUGAUAUACAUCCAACAGUUACCAAAAUUUAUCAAGGUGAUUAAUGUGUAUGAUUUUACUUCAUGGAUACA